AGUGUGCGACGGCUCCGGAGUGGUUUUGGUUCUUUCAAAACAACAUGACAGCCGCUUUAAAACAAUCUUUAAAAGCUCAUUUUGGAUUUGACGGGUUUAGAUCGAAGCUGCAAGAAGAUGUGGUUAAGGCAGUUGUCAGACGUGACAGGGAUGUGUUUGUGUGUAUGCCCACUGGAGCUGGGAAGUCUCUGUGUUACCAACUCCCUGCUGUGCUGGCAGAGGGCAUUACUCUGGUCAUAUCUCCUCUCAUCGCCCUCAUCCAGGACCAAGUGGACCGCCUGAAAAGCUUGAAUAUCCCUGCUUGUUCUAUUAACUCUAAGCUGCCGGCUGCAGAGCGCCGUCUGAUCAUGGCGGACCUGGAGAGCAGCAGACCAAAGCUGAAGCUGUUGUAUAUUACCCCAGAGAUGGUGGCUUCCCCGUCCUUCCAGCCGUGCCUCUCAGGGCUGUGCUCCCGUGGUCUGUUGUCCUACCUGGCUGUGGAUGAGGCUCACUGUGUGUCUCAGUGGGGCCAUGACUUCAGACCAGACUACCUCAAACUGGGAGUGCUCAGGGCUCGGUUACCUGGAGUGCCCUGUCUGGCCCUGACUGCCACAGCGCCUAAGAAUGUCCAGGAGGACAUAGUUCAGUCUCUCCAGCUGCAGCAGCCUCUCUCCUUUAUUACACCCGUGUUUCGCAGUAACUUGCACUACGACGUCAUCUUCAGGGAACUUCUGCCAAACCCUUUUGUUCACCUCCAUGCCUUCAUCAAACAGGCCCUCACACUCGCCAACGGUGCCAAUGAUCAGGGCUGUGGGAUUGUUUACUGCCGAACCAGAGAGAACUGUGAGACUGUUGCCCACCAGUUAACUAAACUAGGAGUGUCUGCUAAACCGUAUCAUGCAGGGUUAAAAGCAGGAGAUCGUACAGAGGCCCAGAAUGACUGGAUGCAGGGUAAAGUUGUGGUUAUUGUAGCCACCAUCAGCUUUGGCAUGGGCGUGGACAAGGCCAACGUCAGAUUUGUAGCUCAUUGGAACCUCGCUAAGUCCUUGGCCAGUUACUACCAGGAGUCGGGUCGAGCGGGCAGAGAUGGUCUCCCGUCUUCCUGUCGUACAUAUUACUCUGCCAAAGAUAAAGAACAGAUCAGCUUUCUCAUCCAACAGGAAGUCGGUCGCAGACAGCAAAAACGCGGGUCCAUAAAAGAGUCCGAUAAAGCUGCUAUGAAAGACUUCGAAGCCAUGGUCAAGUUCUGUGAGCAAGAGGGGUGCCGCCAUGCCACUAUCUCCAAGUUCUUCGGGGACCAGCCUCCAAAGUGCGGUGGGAAGUGUGACUUCUGCUCUAACCCCAAAGUGGUGCGCGCUCAGAUUGCCCGCGCCGCCGUCCUCAGCAGCAAGAGCCACGCCCACACGGAGAAGGCAGCCGGGCCCUUCGGAUUCAUCCCAGACCAGUACGAGGGCGGCAGGAAGGGCUACGGCUUUGAGAGGUAUGACGAAGACGAAGGCGGUAGCAGCGCUGAGAACGAGGCCAUGCACAGGAAGAAGGAGUUUUCAGAUCUCUACAAGAAGCAGAUGAACAUCAGAAAGGGAGCUGUGAGUCAAGCGGAGGAGUUUGUUCCACCAGACGCUGACUGUCCGCUGAAGGAGGCGAGCAGUCAGAGGAUCCCCAGACUCACAGUGAAGGCCAGAGAGCACUGUUUGUCUCUCCUUCAAGAGGCAUUAUACAGCCACCAGGGGGCAGGCACCAUGUUGCCCUCUGAUUUCCUGUCUGUUGCUGUGGAUCUGGAACAUGAGGUCUUCAGAAGCAGCAAGACUUCCAAUACUUACAAAGCUGCUGUCCUUAAAAAGGUGUCAAAGAUGAAGGAAAAGACGCCCGCUGCAGUGAAGAGAGGAGAGGAGGAGCCAGAGCAGAGCAGAGAGGAGGAGAGCAAAGAGAACAACACAGAAGUACAAGAGGAAACGACUAAAGAGGAGGCUCCUUCAUCAUCGUCUUCAGCAAAUAUGGGGUUCACGUCCGCGUCAGAAAUCUAUUCAAUGAAGCGCAAGAGAGUGGGUGCAGGUCAGCGGGGCUCGUCCAACCCCCUUCAGACGGCUAAAGAGCUCCUAAAAACAUCCACUGGCCAAUCAGAAUCAGAGUCUGAACACCCUACAGACGCCGACUUCUCUGUGACGGCAUCGAUACGAGCCAGAGCCAAGGCCACAGCCACAGCCACAUCCUCCUCCUCCUCCUCCUCAAACAGCCCGACGAAGAAACCCAAAGCUCUGACCAAGAAGCAGCAGAAGUUAGCGGACGCUGCCAAAAUCUCUCGGACAAUUUCUCAAUAUUUUACCAAGAAAGAAACAAAAUGUGAAAACACAAACUCAGAAACUACAUUAUUUAAAACUGACACAGAUGACAGAAGUCCACCACACUCGCCAGUUUCUGAAGAUAUAAAAUCAAAUCCAGUGGAGGUGGAGAGUCCAGCUACGAUCACGAUAGACGCUGAUGAAGAUGUGAUGCUUAUACCUGAUGAAGAUAUGAUGCUUAUACCUGAUGAAGAUAUGAUGCUUAUACCUGAUGAAGAUAUGAUGCUUAUACCUGACGGGGAAGAGGAGGAGUUCGUGCGAGUACUUCCAGAGCCAAGCGUGACACCUGAACCAAACAAAAUGGAGGAAGUUGUGAAUCCACCUCCUACGCUAUGUGAGGUAACACGUGAAAUCAAACCAAAAAGAGAAAGUCCACCUCCUGCAAAGCGCAGUCGUCCAGCAGAGGGCAGCAGGCGCGUGACCUUUAACCCCCACAUAGACCAGAGGGCCUUACUUCCUGUGGCGGACCCUCCCAAAGCAGCAACACUCAAAGAGGCGGCCGAUAUAGUGGUUCGAUGUCUGGACCCUUUUUACACUCAGGGGAGGUUUUCUACGAAGGACCUGUUCAAAUCAUUCGCCCGCUUUUUAUCUCAUCUUCUCGCUGAGGGUGCAACAAAGGGAAGAGGGCAAAUCAAAGCCGAAGCCAAAGCUCUUAUCAAGAAAUUCUUCAGCAAAGUCCAGCGAUGUGAAAGUGAGAGCGACUGGAAGCACCUUAAAAAACCUGAGCACAGCAGCAAAACGGUGGACAACAAAGUCUAACAUUACAACAUUAUAUACGCCUGUCCCUGUGCCUAUAAGCUGCUGUAUUAUGAACCACAACCCGACGCGCCUGCUGUCUGUUAUUUUUGCUUUUUUGGUUAAAAAAAAGUGCAAUUUUUAACACAUCAAGGGAACAGACCAUUACAGCCGUAGCAGACAUAUUAUUCAACGUUAAUUUAUUUCUUCGACCAGUUUUAGUUAUCAUAUGAAUUUUAAGGAAUACUUGAAUUCAUGUUUGCUGACUAAAGUGCAGUUUUUUAUUUUAAACUCGUCUUAUAAUGUGAAAGCUACAUAAUUUUUACUAUUGGAAUCUAUCAGUCAUUUUUUAUUGCUGCUAUUAGAUGUGUUUGCACCAUAGAGUCAUAGGGAAGUGUGCAGAUAGCCUUAAUUAAAAUGUUGCUUUAUUGAGACGCCAGGAAUUACAGCUAUAGGUAAAGCUGUAGUCUCUGUCAGGUAGCGCUUUGUUUUGCCAACCAUCUAUGGAAACGGUUCGCUUGUCAUAGCCUGGUAAUAGUGUUGAUGAACCGUAGCCCCAGUGUUUACAAUAACGUUGCAUAUCCUAUUUUGGGAAUGGCAAUAUUAAAUUACAAUAAAUAAUAGCAAUAAAAUAAGUGAA